AUGCUUGAAAAUAACUUGUCCAUAUUGGAAGCAUUUAGUCCACAUUUUCCCAUGGAUAACUUAUUCUCUCCUCCUCCAACAACGCCACAACUCAAUAAUCAUAAUAAUGACAGCAGUAGCAGUAAUGAUGAUGACGAUGAUAAUUCCAGUAUUAAUAAUGGUCAUGGUAUGUUGCGAAUGGAUAGCGGUUCUUCUACCGGAUCAUCUAUCAACAGAACUCCUCCUGUUUUUCUACAACAACCUCCGCCACAACCAUUUCCAUUAUUGUUAUCAUCAAAACACAAAAAUUUUCAUGAUAAUUUCAACUUUGACUACAGUUCUUUUAGCGACAAUUAUAAUGAUGCAAUUCCUUUAUUUAAUAUCCUCGACAACGAAGAAGAUUGCUAUUCCAGCAAUGAUGAUCAUUACAGCGAUAUCAACAAUAAUAGUGAUGGCGACAAUACUAUUAUCGCUGUCAACGACAACAAUAACAAAACCAACGAUAACAGUGGUGACAUCAUCACUUUUACCAUCAAUCAAAAUGACUACGAUCUUCAUUCGCCCACGUCACAAAUUCUUGCUUCUACUUCUAAUACUACACAACAACAGGAUGCGAUAACAGCCUUGAACGAAAGACAAAAAGAAAAACAAAAGGUUAUUUCAAUUAGUGACAAUAGGAAUAAUAACAACAAAGAUAUUAAAGGCGUUGACGUUGAAGAUUACAUUGAUCUUGAUAUUAUUGAUACUCUGGCAGAAAAUAAUAGCAGCAAAAGCAACAACGACUGUAAUAGCAACAAAAGAAAAAGAAAAUCAAAAUCUAAUUCACAACCUAUCACUACAAGGUUAAUCAAAAAAACCAAAAUUUUUGGCAAUAGUAAUCAUUCUAAUGACGGUAAUUGUAACAGUAAUAAUGAUGGUGACACUAAUGUUAAUGAUAUUGUUAUUGUUGACGAUGAAACAAAAUCUGUUAUUGAUGAUGAUACCAUCACCACACCAACAACUCCGAUUGAUGAUGAUACUACCGCUGAUGAUUCCAUUAUUGAAACAAUAUCACUAAAAAGAAAGUUUUUAGAUGAAGAGGAAUCGCAAGAGGAAAAAAGAAGACGGUUCUUGGAAAGAAAUCGAGUAGCGGCUUCAAAAUGUCGCCAAAAGAAAAAAGUUUGGGUCCAAGAUUUGAAUGACCGAGUCAUCACAGCCGAGAAAAUUAAUGCUCAUUUGACCAGUUCGGUUAGAGCACUUAAAGAUGAAUUAAUGUCUUUACAAGAUCAAGUCAUGGCUCAUAUAAAUUGUACAAAUUGCAAUCUUGUUCAAAAUUAUUUAGAUCAUUGUGCUCGGUUCAGACCUCUUCAACAAACAUCGCUAUCACAAUUCCAAACAACAUCGCCAUCAUUGUCACCAUAA